UUGGUUACUUGUUGGUUGUUCAAGGUGAAGCCCGAGUGGGAGGAAGAAGAGGAGGAGGAGGUGGUGGUGGUGGUUUCGAAGCCGAGUAAUUCACUUCGGUCAGAGCGUAAGAACGCACAGAGUCAGCAAGUGGACCCAUACAAACCUGCUGCGGAUUAUCGCUGCGUUUUCAAUCUCUUUACUUCAUUUUUGCUACUUUUUUGGCGAAUCGGUUACUGUGAAGGAUAUGUCUGCACAAGUUUCAAAAAACCUUCUCAUCCUUCUCUCCUGCAUGUUGCUGGAACCCCUUACUCUCUGGCCUCCAACGUCCUUAUCCACGACUGUCUCCUGUGGAGAAGCACGUAGGCUAUGAUUCACACUGGAAUUCAGUUGGAGGUGUUUUCAGUGCAGAAUCAGAUGUGUGACAUGAUAAAGGAAAUAGACAAGGAGCAGAAGAUAUGCGAGUCUCAAAUUGAAAACAAAACAACAGGUUGCAGUGGGAUGUGGGACAAGAUCACCUGCUGGCGCAGCGCAGAUGUUGGAGAGGUGGUCACAAUCCCUUGCCCCAAAUUUCUCUUCUACUUCUCCAGGGACAUUCCUACACGUAACCUGUCAAAGACCUGCACUGAGAAUGGCUGGACUCCAAUCAGCAUAGACUCCUACAUAAUGGACUGUGGAUACAAUCCCAACAACACCAUGGAUGAUAAUACGGGGGAGUUCUUCGAUGCUAUCAAAGUGGGUUACACCAUUGGUCAUAGUGUGUCACUCAUUUCACUGACGAUUGCCAUCAUCAUACUGUGUCUCUUUCGGAAGCUGCACUGCACAAGAAACUACAUCCACAUGCAUCUGUUUGUGUCUCUCAUACUGAAAGCCGUGGCAGUUUUCAUCAAGGACGUGGUUCUGUAUGACGUCGGGGAGACAGACAAUUGCCAGUCAUCUGUGGGCUGCAAGGCAGUAGUGGUAUUCUUCCAGUAUGGCAUCAUGGCAAGUUACUUCUGGCUGCUGGUGGAGGCCCUCUACCUCCACACUCUGUUAGCCGUUUCCUUCUUCUCUGAGAGAAAAUACUUCUGGUGGUACAUCCUGAUUGGUUGGGGGGCUCCAACCAUCUUUAUCUCAGCAUGGGUGAUUACAAAGGCUUAUAUAAAUGAUACUGGGUGUUGGGAGAUAAUCGAUGAUCGUCCAUGGUGGAUCAUCGAAGCACCCAUUUUAGUCACCAUACUUGUGAACUUUUUCCUCUUCAUCUGUAUAAUCCGGAUUUUACGACAGAAGAUGAAUUGCCCUGACAUCGGAAGAAAGGAAUCCAAUCAGUACUCGCGACUGGCUAAAUCCACACUGUUAUUGAUACCUCUCUUUGGCAUAAAUUACAUGAUUUUUGCCUUCGUCCCUGACCACAUCCACCCACAAGUGAGGAUGGUGUUCGAUCUUAUUCUGGGGUCAUUUCAGGGUUUUGUUGUUACAGUUUUGUACUGCUUUCUGAACGGAGAGGUACAGGCAGAGAUUAAGCGUAAGUGGCGCAGAUGGAUGCUGCAGAGGUUCCUGGGUGCUGACACAAAGUACCAGCAGCCCUCAAUAGGCAGCAAUGGCAACAACUUCAGCACCCAGAUCACCAUGUUCACCAAAUGCAGCCCUACAACACGGCGAGCAUCUGAGUGCCAAGAGCACCUCUCAGCCAUCUGAAAGUGCUCUGAAGUGAAUGAUGCUCUUUGUUUUUAUCAUUAUAUACUGAAUGCUUGGCUCACAUGCACUGUUGCAAUGCAAGUGAUGCAAGUUAUUGAAGGUCAGUUUGACAUUUUAGCACUGAUGCUAACAUUUGAAACACUGCAUCUGUUGAGUAAAUGCUUUAAAUCAGUCACAUGAACACAUAAUAUCCAAACACACACAUGCACACAUACACACAGAACAUAAGAACAGAACUUUCUUUUACUGGAGGUCGACCACACUGACUGAUCUGAUAUUUACAUAAAGGCCAUUGUCAGACUGAUAUAUAGGCAAACAACCUACUACAGUGUAAAGCUUUGUUGAGAUCACAUUAGUCAACCUGAACUGGCAACUGACAACAUCUUUUGCAAGUAACGCCGUACAGAAUACUGCAGGGAGGCAAACGCUCUUCAUUACCCCUAUGUGAAUUAAAGGGAAACUGAGCCUUUGGCAAGGGUUUUCCAUUUUAUGUUCAUCAGUAGAUGGAUACAGACAGAAACUAGCUGUGUCUCAUAAGAAGGACGAUGUUUAUUAAUGUCUGUGUUACGCAAGAGGACUUCAAGCACUUAACCUAAUGGCACAUGUUGCUUAGGGGACCAAUGGUAACAACAUCUAUGAGAUUGUCAAGCUGUAUGAACAGUAGUCAUUGAGGAGGUAUCUAUAGUGUAACCAACAUACUGGACAUUCCUAUCCUGUCUGUGACAGUUUUAUAAGGGGCAUAUGCUCUGCUGAAUUACCGCUGGAUAACAUUUCAGAGGAGAUACUAAAGCUCCCGCUUGUGAAAUCUGAGAUUACACAGGCUUUUAGUUUUGUCUGAGUGCAUAGUCACAGAGCGGAUAGUCAUUUUUACGAUUUCUGUGACUAAUGGACCACGUAUAUUGAAUUAUUAGUCCACGAUACACAAUAUUGUAAGUAAAUAUAUGGCAACAGUGAUUAAGUAACAUUAACUACAUGGACAGUUAAUUUCAUUGCAUUGAUACUAUGUUUCUGUCCUGUCCUAUAUUUAAAGAUGAAAUAAAUAUACUAUUGUAUCAUACUUUUUUUCUAGUCAUGCUAGUGGCAUUGCUGUGUGGACUGAAAUUCAUUUUCCAAACCUGGAUAAAUCCUAACUGUGGUUAUUAUUGUGAUUAAGUGUUCAUUUAGCACUAUAUUGGACAAAUAAGAUUUGUCCAGCACUUUGAAUUAUGACUAAAUAACUGCAAAACUAAUUAAAUUGUCAUGAGCCUCAGCUGCGCUUUGUGUUUAGUGCUAAUAAUGAAUGCUAACAUGCUAAGCUAAGAAGGUGAACACUUUCUAAACAUAAGCAUGUUAGCACUGUCAUUGUGACUUUCUCACACAGAUGAUAGUUGGGCUCUGGAUUCUUUACCUUUUUGAUGUAAUAGGAUUUUUUAAGCUAAAUGUCAGCAUGGUGUGAUGGUUGUUACUCUGUUAUUGUUUUCAGACAUAUAUUUGAAUCCACCGCCUGGUCAAAAAAUGCUCUGCCACACAACAUUAUGUACAGACUAUGACAUUGUCACAUCUUUAUGGAGUCAUGUUGGAGAUUGAUGUUUACUUUAGUUCUCCUUCUUGUUGUACUAGUAUGUGUAAACCUUAAUCUGAACUGAAACAAACUGAAAGUACCUCAAAUUAAUUGUCACACACAGCUGUUGUAUAUAACAAAAUGGUUUAUGAUGUUGUUUAUAGUGAUGACUUAUAGUGCUCAGGUGUCAACUGGAAAUCAAUGUUUACAUUCAAAAUAGUACAUGCCUCACUUAUUUGUUGCCAUUUAAAGCUUGUGUAAAUAUUGUGUACUGUACAGUAUGUGGAUUAAAGAUGUUAUUGAACAAAAUGUCAGAUGAAGAUGAAUAAAACCAUUUGCACUGUGCACAGGCCUUCUGUGUCAGUCAAGUGAGACUUAACUUUAAGCAAUACGAUCAACCCUUAUCUUUAUUUCUGCUUUAAAUAAAGCUAUCAGGUAAUAAAGGAAAUUUUAAAAAAACAAAAACAAACAAACAA